AUGUGACUCAUCAUUGGUACGGUCUGAGCUGAGGAGCGUCAACGUCGGGAAUCUACAAACUGUUAUUUGCUUUAUUCUCAACUAGAUCUACGUUUCUGACUUUAGUGGACUAUACUGAUAAGCAAAGCUCACCUUGAAGUUGAACAACCCCAAUGGCAAUGGUAACGAUUUUAUACAAAAAUUCAACGACGCAAAACCAUCGCGGAGGAAGGGAAAGUUGGUCUGUCAACGCAAAAUAAAAUCAGCACAUUCAAUUCGACUCCAGAAGAGUGACUGAAUUUGACGUCUCGAUGAGGGAGCAGCUGGGCGAACAACUGGCACUAGGUUUCCCCCGAUUGGCAUUGACCAAGAUGGACAUCUAAAUGAUCUAAUUUGCUUACUGCACAUUGAGGAGCUCAUUGCAACAAUGUGAAUUAAGCAUUGAAUAUAAAAAAACAAGUGUUCUGCCUUACACCUUAUGUGCCCUCUUUAAAGCACCUUGAAUUAUUUGAAGUUAACGUAUACGUGACUGUGAAAACUAUGCCAUAAUGCAUGAACUAUUCAGCCAAGUGCUGUCACGGAGAGAUCUCUCCCGGGCCGGAGACCUCUUCUCUGUACCGGACUCGGAUAUUGUCCACGACCUGUCUGCCGCCCUGUACUGCAUUCAAGAGAUAGCCUCUUCUGAGAAUUAUGUAAGGAGCGACAAUGACCAAGCCGUUGUGGAGAUAUGUAUCACGAGAGUUACAACGGCAAUCAGGGAUACUGGAUCGAUCGAAGAGCAUGUAGAGGCGCUCGUUUCUCUAUGGCAGUCAUGCCUUCAUCACAAUCUCAAACUGACCAUGAGAGAUGAAGACCCUCCCCAUGCGAAGAUUGCCUCUGACAUCAUGAGCUGCUUGUUUAUGCAAAACUAUGGCAAGCGCAGUGUGAUGGAAUUGGCUCUUCCGGUAGCGAUACGGUUUCUGCGGCAUGGGAACCGAGAUCUGAUCAGGAACGUGUCGAGCUAUCUUGCCCUGGCUGCCAUAGAGAAUGCACAUCUGCUAGCUGAACAUUGCAGAGCCAUCAUUCAAAGCAUCACACAAGGCAAUAGAUCCUUGACCCGUAUCCUGCCCCAGAUCUAUACCGAAGACCCCGGUCCUAUCGAGGAUUGUCUACCAGACCUGGUCUCCAUCCUACCCGGCUGCGAUGAGAACGAGAAGUCCAACAUCCUCCAACUCAUGGCGCUCAUGGCAAAAAGAAAACCAAAAAUUCUAAAGGAUUAUGUCCCAGUCCUAGUGGCCAACCUGAACAACCCUACAACCUCCCAGACGGUGCUCUCAGCCCUUGUCGACAUCGCAUCCAUCGACCCCGCCCCGUUCACGCUAUGCCUCGCCCAGCUGCAGGCGGGGAUCAGGAGACAGCCUGCAUUGCUCUCCAUGGCUGGCAAGAUCUUUGGUGCCGUGGGCAGACUAAGUCCUGAAGCUGGUGAGGCGUGUAUCGAGUUCCUGGUCCAGGAACUAUCCUGCGUGGACCAGACUGCUCUACCAGCCAUCCUUAUCGAGAUCAAGAGCAUUGGGGACCGUCAUAAGGGUAUCCUAGGCCCGUACAUUCAGGAGAUCAGCAUGCAGAGCCAAAGCAACUCCACGGCGGCUAGGAUGAUCGUACAACAGCUACAGAGAGACACAGUCAGCAGUGAGCAUGGGCUCCACAGACCAGUCAGUAUGAUCGAACCGAGACAUUUAUCACAGGACAAUAGGCCAUUCAGUGCCACCAAUAUCAGCCAAAUGUCAGAAGAGAGGAAGAAACUGUAUCGCAAAGCGCAAGGGCGCCCCCACACCCGCAGCGACAUGCAAGGUUCCUUGCAGCCUUUGCGGCAUCCAGGACACUCCUAUUCAGAACAGGCCCUGCACCUUCACCACACACCGCUUGGCGUGGGACGUGUCAACUCAAACAGUCUCGGUGUCCUAGAGAUGGCGGGCAGAAGCGAGAGCAAGGGGAGUGUGCAAUCGGGUGCGAGCGGAACAGCUUUGAGGUCGGGGACUCGCAAACAGACCACAACAUCGCCGACGAGGAAGUCAGAGUUUGAGCGCAAGAUAAACAGCAGGCAGCAUCGCUCCAGCAAAGGAAACUUGAAUCUCCAUGUCUCGUUGGCAGCGUCUUCGGAGAAUGAAAGUGCAACAUCACCGACGUCUCCUCCGACAUCUUCUGCCCAAACUCAUAUCGAGGCAAACGGUAAUUCCACGUCAACGCAUGCAAGUUCCCUGCAAGGGAGAGUUUCGCCGUCAAGCCCGACAUUGCAGUCGCCGACGUCGCAGACUUCAUCAGGCAUCGGCGACGGCUCGCGGUUGAGUGUGGGAAUGUCCAUGACAGGUAGUGGGAGUAAUCGAGAUAGCAGCUUGCAGCAGUACCUGUUUAAAAGACAAAGAGAAAUGAGUAGUUAUAUGGAUUCUAUCAAAGACAGGAUUCCGAUCCCAGAAGAAUGCACAGUGCAAGAGGAUAUUAGGAACAGACCGGUAGGGAAGCUGGACUUCUACUGCUCAUUAAAAGAACCUCAUUGUCUCUACAGCACGCUGCCAUUCUCCAUGGAAACCAAACAAAUAUUGCCAUGGAUACAUCUCAAAUAUCUACAUCUCCAAGCUACAUCUCCUACCCCGGUAUCGCUGGACGAUAACGCCGUACAGAGCCUCAAGAUGAGCUGGGAGAAGCAGAAGACGAUCGGAGGUCACAUGACCUUCCUCAAACUCAUCACGCAAAACUUCCCCCAAGCGAAGGUGCAGCAAGGGCUGAUAAGGCAGCUUUGCCGAGCUAGUUACUAUGAUAUGUUCACCUACAAUGCCAAGACGUGUAACUGGACAUGUUUUCUAUGUAGCAGUCCAAAUAAAAUGGAUUUGAUAGCCGGAGGUCAACCUCUUAUUGAAGGUCAGUUGAAAGAGAAGAAAGUCCGCUGGAAGCUCUUCAGGAGAUGGAAGACACGCUACUUCACCCUGGCUGGAGAGAGAUUACUCUACAGUAAAAACAAAUCGCAGAUGACGGGAACUCUGCCCAUUGAACUGAGCAAGGUCCAGAGCGUCAAGACGCUGCGUCGACGUGACCGAAGCAUUCCAAAAGCCUUUGAAAUCUUCACAGACGACCAGAAGACGUACGUCUUCAAGACGCGGGAUGGAGCCAACGCCGAGCAGUGGGUCCAGUGCCUCACCCUGGCGAUGCGACAACGUCAAGCCAGUUUCCGGAGCGAUAACGAGUCAACGACGUAGAUCCCGUGCAAGUUGUGUAAGCGAGUAUUCUCAUUCAAUCCCGGCAGAGUUAGUCACCGGUGUGCUUGCUCGUCAUGCUAUCUAAGAAUGAUUGUUGGUUGAUGUUAAGGAACCUCGUCAAAAGUCAGAGCCGCGUGUUUUCGACAAGGAAUAAACAAGCAGCUUUUCAUACAGGGCCCAGUCUUACAAAGAGUUACGAUUGAUCCAAUCAAUCAUAACUCUAUGGAAAUCCAUCAGUGUCAUAUUAUUUUCUACAGGAAAUUUGCACAUUGUCCUUUGUAAACAAAGAGAAGCACAGUGAAUUUUCAAGAAAACAACGAAUGCAUGAAUAUACAUCAUAGUUAGAAAAUAUUUUGAACAAACAUGCAUAAUAGAUGUUGACGCUGCUGGCCGUCCAUAGUUGUGAUUGAUCGGAUCAAUCACAACUCUUUGUAAGAUGGGGGCCCUCUUCUCACAUUUCAUCAUAGAUAAAACAAUGGGAAAUGCAGGAAAGCCACUGAUUGUUGUUGUUGUUUUUAGGGUUUAUGGCGCUAUUCCAGCGAUCUCCGAUGAUCUGCGCCACUGGAAAGAUGCAUAGUGCCUUUAUCAUGGGAUUUCUACCAAAAGGCACUACACCAACUUUAGACAAGGUGCCUCUACCCGUUUACUGAAUUUCGAAGGUGCCCAUAGGCUUUAUACAGGGACCACCCGUUUCCAGUAGGCAAUGGGUUAAUGGCCACACUGACAUUCACCAACACAACAGAACGAUCCUGAUUAUACUGCACCUGAUUGAGUCAACAGCCAGUAUGGUCAUUUCCUUGAACAAUCAACAUAUUGUACAUCCAACCCCCAUUUUUUCCAUUCUUCAUUCGCCCCCUGGACGACUCAAACCAUGAUAAUUCGAGAGCUUUACACCUUUCCACAUGAGUUAGAGACAGAGAUGAAACAUUUCAUCUUACAUGUAGGGAGUCAAGCAUACAUAUUUCAUGGAAUUGAGCAGUAGCUCCCAUUUCCAAAUACUGCACUAUAUAUUAAACAUGCACGGAUGUCCAUCAUGAGAAAUUCAAGUAUUGUAAUAUUAAAAUAAGGGCGUUUGAAGAGCAAUCCUCUGGGCUUGACAUUUCUACCACGAUAUUCUCCUUACAUAAUAAUAUUCGGUUCUUAUUAAUGAUUAUAAUAUACAGCAUUUAUGGGGCCGGAUUAUCUAGUUGCCUUUACAAUGAGGCACUAUACAGUAUAUUACUCCGGCUAUAGCGCAUAUCAUGUUAUCCAAUAUCUCUUUGCCCUUCCAAAGGGUCCUUGGAUAUUAUUAACCCUGGUUUAGCCCAGCAUACAUUAAACAGCACACAAUCAUUUCCUGUCAGGUACCCAUUACCUCACCGAGGUAAAUGGAUGAGAAUGCUCAUGAAAAUUAGCCGUUACCUUUUGUUUCUGGAAUUGAACUUUGCCUUUUAGUAAAACAAAGCAGCGUUGUGGCCAUGUGGAUGAGUCUCUAGACUUUCAAACAGAGGGUCGUGGGUUAGUAUCCUAGCCGCAGCGUUAUUUGCUUCAGCAAGAAAUUGAUCAAUGAUGUGCUGCACUCAACCCAGGUGAGGUAAAUGGGUACCGGCAUGAACUAAUAUCUCAAAAAGCUGUGAGCACUGGAAUCGGUAACCAAGCAUAGCCAGGGUAUUAUAGGAGCAACUUGAGCACCUACUCAAGAUGGAUAUGUGCACUAUACCCUAAAUCAUUAUUAUUAUAGCAGAGAAAAUAUUUAGGGUAUCAGUGUUGACGGGAGGCUGAUUUUCUACUUUUUCUUAACCCUUACCAAUAUUUAUAAAGAUUAAUGAUAUCUGAUGCUUGCGAUACCGCCCCCCCCCCCCGAACUUCGUGCUAUUAUCACACCAAUGAAACCAGGGGCUUCGGAACGGUUUUCAAAGUGGGGGCUGAGCCAAAAGUAGAGGGGCUGAUCAUGCAAAAAAUCACAAUCUGGUCAUUUUUUCGUUUUUGUACAUGGUUUUGGAAAAAAGUGGGGGGGGGAGCUGAAUCCCCUCUAGCCCCCCCCCCCCCCCCCCCCGCUUCCGUGGCCCCUGGAAACUGACUCCAAACUGACCAAUCACAUGUCAUUGGUUAUAUCAUAAUAGUUUUUGUGAGUUUGAGGAAGGUCUGGCCUGUGUGAUUUUACCAUGAGAUAAACCUUGUCAAAUAAAUGGCUUUAUUGAUUAGUUGUAUAAAUGUUGCCUUAUAUAUAGAUCAUCUUUAAUGAACCAAUUUUGUGAAGGCUACAUCGAAGAGCUCUUUUAAAUGUAAUAUGGUGCAUAAUGUAGGGCUUCAAAAUAAACUGUUCAGAAGUCUCAGUGAUGUACAAUAAUACAUUCUUAUGUACAGAUACAUAGAUCAUUUUUCACAUUUCAAAAUUUAUAUGUUAUUUUCAAUCAUAUGAUAUUGCAAUAUUUGCAAAUGAUUGGUUUAGAAAACAUCAAUAUUCCCAUAACUAUUUAUUUGUGAAUAAAGCAUACUCACAAUUUUGGUUUAAACAGCCAUUUUCAGAUGCAAAUAUUGCAAGUGGUGGUCUCAUGAAAAAUGCAUCACAUCGUUGUGUCUCUAAUUAUUAUUCUUCAAACAUUUGUGUGAAGCAUCAUAUAAUUUGUAGACAAUGUCAGUUUGAAAAGUUUUGCAAUGUGCCUUUAAAAGACACAAUUUCAUAUAAAAGCAAAAUAUCCCUGAUAAAACUUGUCAAUAAAUUAUUGCAAGCCAGUACUAGGUUGCCACACCAGAUCUCCCAAGAAAGAAUAAUGUGUAUCUCAGAUAUUUGACAUUGAAACUUUCACGAUAUUUUGAACAGGUAGGAAAAUUUGCGGGACCUUCAUUUCUUAUUAUUCUUUCGAGUUUUUUUUUUUUUUCAUGAUUGCCUUCAUACAGUCGUAUUGAAAUGGAAAUUUUUGCUAGGAUUGACUUCUGAAAUUUGGAAACAAAGUGGACAGUAACCCAAUAUCAGGGGCCCGUAACACAAAGCUUAGCAAUGAUCGUAGAACAUUUUUCUACGAUUGAUUCCAUUGACUACAAUGUACAAUCAAUCGUGAAAUUUGAGUGUAAGAUUAAUUGCUAACCUUUGUGUUAUGGGACCCAGGUCUGACCUCAGAUCUGACAACUUUCCUCGAUUCCUGAGAAACACAGGUAUGUGACUGUUACCAUGGUAACUGGCAGAUAAAAGAGACUUUGUCUGAUCUUACAAGCCCUUUGACGAAACACUCUUCUAUUACCUCGCAUGGAACUCAGAUGUUUUUUUACGGAAGUUGACCAAAGUCGCCUAUCGCCAAUUUUUAAAAUGCAGAACCAAAUUAUUUUUACCUCACAUUUUUGUUUUACAGGGCGAGUGAAAAAAGUUUACACCUGAACCUAAACAAUAGCUAAAUUAUUAAGAAAUCAUUUGUGAAUAACAAAUGUUCAUAUAUCACAUGAAAGAUUGUUUCAUCUCAGAUAAUUUGGUAUUUUUAUGUGAUAUACAUGUGUGUCAGAUAUGUCUACACUUGGUUUUUCAGAGUGUCUUUAUUAAUUGUUUAGGUGUGAUUUUUGUUUUACUCGUCCAGUUUAUUUUUGCGAAAACCAAAGAAACAGGUGUGAAGACUUAAGACAUGGUGGGUGUUUCAUAAAGCUGUUUGUAGGUUAAGAGCAACUUUUAAGAAUGUCUGGUGAACCUUUCUCACGAGCUAUAUAAUCACCAAUGAACAUUUAAUGGUGAAUAUCAUUUACCACAAGAAAGGAUCACCAGUCAUUCUUAAAGUCACUCUUAACUUACAAACAGCUUUGUGAAAUGGCCCCCUACUGUAUGAACUUUUAUGUUCAGGUGUUGGCUCUAAUUUGUGAGAUUUUCAUUUGUCAUUCAUUCAAUUUAUGUUCCAACAGAGAAACUCCCUACAAUGCAUCAACUUUAAGUUGAAAAUGAAAAUAAGUACGUUUCCAUGCACUUCUUAAGCUAUUGUACACCACAAUUAUAUAGUUAUUACUUUUCUGCACAUGCAGUCAAGAAGAGUAUAUCUAUGUAGCUUUUAAUUGUUGUUGCCCUUCUUGUGAAAUUUAGUUUUGAAAAUUUGCUUGUAAAAGUUUUGUCUCAAAAGCAAAGAGUAUAUCUAUGUAGCUUUUAAUUGUUGUUGCCCUUCUUGUGAAAUUUAGUUAUGAAAAUUUGCUUGUGAAAGUUUUGUCUCAAAAGCGUUCACAUUGAUAAGGUCAUGUGUAAUUGCAUAAGCCAUGAUUCCAGACAAGGUAUCCCAAGGCAAGGAAUACUAUUCAAUUCAAUUUUGUUUAUUUUCCACAAUUCCAAAUAUGGCAGCCAAAUUGUGCAAAACAAUGCAAAUACCAAUU